AAAAUAAGUUUAAUUAUAAAAAAAUGUCAGCAAUUUUUAAUUUCCAAAGUUUGUUAGUAGUUAUUUUAUUAUUUAUUUGCACAUGUACAUAUAUUAAAAGUACAUAUCCAUCAAUUUUAGAAGUUAGAGACAAACAUAGCUUUUCAGGUUUACCUAGAAAAGCAGCAAUUAUAGGUGAAAGACUUAGUCCAUGGGUUUCCGCUUCUUGUCUUGCUAUGGGACUUUAUUUAUUAUUUAUCAAAGAUUAAAAAACUAAUAAUAUAUAAUAUAUAAUAAAAUAAAAAUAAUAAUAAUAAUAAUAAUAAUAAUAAUAAUAAUAAUAAUAAUAAUAAUAAUAAUAAUAAUAAUAAUAGUUUAAUUUAUAAUACUGUAUAAAAUAAUUAAAUAAAAAACUUAUUGUAAAAUUGU